GUUGUUCAUGCGUUUGCAAGGUCCAAUGAAAACAAGGUUUUUAUAUUAUGUGCAAAGUGUAAUCAAUCGUCGCGAAAACAUGAUGAAGAUGCUCUGUCGCAAAAAUGUUGUCUAAAUUAAUAGCGCUGAGGGCUUACGAAUUGGAACUGUCACUGUGGUAUAAAGCACUACUCCACUAGUGACUGUCUCACCCACACCAACAACACAUGGUAGACUGCUAGUGGUCAAUGCUAAUUUGGUAAUGCAUGUUUGUCUCACUUUGCAGACAUGGCUCGUAACUCGGGAUCAAAAACGUCUUCAGAUCCAUGUAUUUAUUGGAGUAGUGCAUUCGUCAUUUUUAUCAUCUUUCUUAUGAUGCUAUUAUUCACGAUGUAUGGACUGCAACUGCAUAUCCAGUGCCUAGAAAUGCUGGUCAAGCCACACAAGAUAGACUAUUAAAGGACUGCCAGUAAGCAGCAGUUUGAUCCAACGUCCCACUCCACAAAGCCCCCCACCAUGGGGAAGAAGAAAGACAGGGUCAUGCCAGGCCCGGGCAAAAGACGAACCGUGCUCCAGAUCGAAGGACCCUCCGUCAGCAGCAAGAAAGGUUAUGGACCGAGCUCUGGGGCCAACGCCCUCAGCGGCUUGAUGGCCAACUACGGUGACAGUGAUGACGAGCAGGAAUACACCACCCCGACGUACACUGACCCCAAACCUGCCGACGCCCCAGCCAAGCCCAAGAAUGCAAUGGAUGCCAAGCUGGCAGAUUUCUUAGCUGAGAUUGAUGCAUUGGACACCGCCUCCAACAGUCCAACCGGAGAGAUGGUGGAUGGAAAACCGACAAAAGACGAAUCCGUUGAGGGGAAACCCCUAAAUUCAGAAGAGCCUGCUGCAACGGAUCCCCAGGGGUUAGUGGGAAACACCCAGGCGGUGGCCGGGGCAGAGGCAGAGGCAGGGGUAGAGAACCCUGAACUCACAGCUGUUGGGGAGUGGCAAGAGUUACUGGAUGAGAACACUAAUUGUGUCUAUUAUUGGAACAUGUAUAGUAAUGAAGUGACAUGGGAAAUGCCUGAGGCAUUCAAACUCCAACAAGAGCAGCUGGCUGCAGCCGGCACAACCCUUCCUGUCGCAUCGGACGCGAAUGCAGUAGAUACAGGCGAAUUGAAUCUUCCAGCCGUGAAUGCUGCAGAGUCGAACGCAAUGGACACACAAAACGGCGAUGUCGCCAGUGUGCUAAUUCCAAAUGGGGUCGCGUCCGAGGAUCUCCUUGCGGUAAUGACGGCAGAUGUUGGCGAAGUCGCCAAAGACGAGAUCGAGAAACUCCCCGUGUAUGGGUCAGCGAGAGCGAACUACCAGUUGGAUCCAGUGCCUGAUGAGCUGGCGGAUAUCAUGAAGGACGAUUUGAAAUCGCAGGAAGAUGUCGACGAGGAGCAUGAGGAGGAGGAGGAGGUUAUCGCUCCCAUCUCGCGGAAACCCAAGCUGAACUACGUCUCGCAAUUUACCAAAGGGGAGACCUUACUCCCAGCAAGUACGGACGCAAAGACAAGCAAACCAGAGGAAAGCAUUGAUGAACGGACUGAGAAUGUUAAGGAGAAAAGCGAUGAUGAGGAGGAGGAGGAUGAGGAGGAGGAGGGGGAUGAUUCAUCCGAUGAUGGAAGAUAUGAUCUUCAUCCUGAAUCGGAGAUGGAAGACGAGGAGGAGGAGAAGAAGGAGAAGGAUGAGCUUUAUGCUGUUGAUAUGUUUGCUGAUGAGAUGGACGACAUUGACACACAGCUUGAGAUGGCUUUAGAAAAGAAAAAGGCGGAGUUGAAGGAAUUGGAAGAGGCCGAAGAGAAGAAGUCGCCGGAGCCCCCGCAGUCUGAGAAAAGCAAGAAACGCAAAUCAGACGUGGCAGAUAUGGCCAGCAUCUACGAUGAGAGUGGGAGCGUUGAUCUAUCAAGGUUUAAGAAGAAGCGAUUGGAGAACUUGGCGGGGAAGCAGAAGAGCGCCGGAAACACGCAGGAAACUGGUAUUCAGUGCGACCUCCAGGAUGAACUCACACCGGAGGAGAAAGACAAGGCCAAGGAAAAAAAGAAGAAAAGGGAAGAGAAAGGAAAGAAGGAGGAGAUCGUUGAGGUGGUCUCCACCAUGAUGAACAAACUGGAGUUCCUUGGAAUCUCCACCAAGGGCCUCAACAAGUUCCAGGUCUUGCUCAUAGAAAUGGAGACUCGGAUCCAGGAUUGGAGGGAGGGGUUCCUGGAGAGCAAGCAGCUCCUGCAGCGCCUGGAGACGUCCGACUGGGAGCUCCAGCGCUACGAGACGGAGGCCGCCCCCGAAGGCUGGCUCUGCUCAUGGGACAGGACGCACAAGCAGUACUACUACACCAACAUGGCGACCAACGAAUCGCAGUGGGACUACCCGUUGGAGGCUGCGGAUGAAGACGCGAAAGGGGCGGAGUCGACGAUUACGAGGGAGGAGACGAGGAGUGCGUUCAGCUGUGCUGCUGCCGCUGACCGAGGAUCGGUGAACAGCGGUGGGAAUAGCGGAGAGGAGUCAAUGGACGAGGGCGACACCUCAGAUGAUGAGCCAGCCCUUCCUAAACCAGCAGAGAUCCAGCUUCCACCUGCCCUUCCCCACUCGCCGACCCCGCCCCUACCCCCUAUCCCUCCAGAGGAAGCAGAAUCACCCCUCCCUCCCCCUCCUCUACCAGACGGCCCACCGCCGCCUCCACCACCUGGAGAAGAACCGGCUCUACCCCCAUUACCCCCAAGCCCACCACCGUCCACCCCACCACCAGCACCUCCCCCGGAGGAAGGGGACACCAUUCGACCCCUCACCCCGCCCCCAUUCCUGACUGCCGCCUUGGCACAACCCCCUCCCCCACCCCAGACAUCGGCAGUGGUGAUAGGGAAACCCCAGGUCCUCUACUCGGCGCCUGCAAUGACCACGGGUGCCGCCACCAUAGCUGCUGCACCGGUACUGGCGGCACCAGCUACAGCAGCCCCGGCACCGCCAGUACCUCAGCAACCAACUGCACCCCCUGCUCGGAGUAAAAAGAAAAAGAAGAAAGAGAAAGAGCCUAAGUUGGUGAAAAGCAAACUCCCUCACUCCCUGGUCUCCAAGUGGAGCAAGAUCAAGGAAGAGCAGGAGAAGGAGAUGGAGGAGAGCGAGGAGAGUGAGGAGGAGGACCUUGGAGUCCGCAAUAAGAAGAUAAUCAGCGACUGGAAGAAGGAGCAGUUGGUCAUGGGCAAAACGAAGCAUAACGCCAACUUCCAGCAAAUCCAGGGUGACUGGAGAGAGAGGCUAAAACGAAAAAACAAACCAUGAUAACUGUUACCACAUCGGUAUUUUUGCCUUUCAUGAAGCAGGUUUACAUGUUUACAUCUAUUUGUAUCUCUCUUGUGACCCUGUAGUCAGACUGAAACGUCGCUGAUAGAUAUCCGUCACUUUUUGUUAUUAGGUGUUGGAUUGAAGAUUGUAAGAUAUGACAAAUAAGAUAGAGCCAGAGAGGGAGAGAGAGAUUGAAAGAGAGAGAGAGAAAGAGAGAGAAAAGCCAGAGAGUUUAAAGCAUAGUUUUUAGUAGCAUGCGUAAUUGCUCGUAAUUUACAGAAGUACAACAACUUUUAUGACAACACCAGAUGAAUAUUUGUCAUCCAAUGUUUAAAAGCAAUUUCAACUAUUGUACGUUAGGAUAACAUAACAUGUUUCUGUUAAACCAGACAUUCACAUGAGUCUUCUUGUUAACAAACAUGUAUAAAUUUGUGUGAUGGAGCCUUAUUUGUGAGCUUCUUCCCGAUCAGUGGGAGCAUUCUGGUAUAUGGGUCAAAACUCAAUUGUCCUACUCGAUCCUUUGACGAGGUCUUUUACCCUCACUUUUCCCUUCUCGACCAAGGUGUAUUUAAUUGGUACAUACCAAUACUGAGGAAAUUACGAUUGCAAGGCCCUCUGGAAGAACAGUAUUGAUAUCAAUGAGUCUUCCCUGGGUAAAUAAAAUUAUUAUCAUAAUUAUCUGUUAAUAGUCGUAAGAUAAUUGAAGGCACACUACAUUCAGUUUUUUGAAAGUGACAGGUUGGCAGCUCUGUACAUAGGGUUAUCAGGUUAUCAAUUCUUGUUAGGAGUCGAUAUGGUCAUUGUAAAAAAAAAAUUCAAACCAUGUCAUUUUUUCUGUGGGUCAAAUUGAACAUGCUAUUGCUUAUCGUAUUGCUGUAUAUGAAGCGGAAAUAUAAAGCAUAUAAUCAU